AUGGGUCCGCCCUCUGGAAAGUUCAAUCAGUUCGGUGCUAAAGCAGAGGGCUCGAUGUGCUCUAAAGUCGAGGAGGAUGAAUUUUGCGGAACCUUGUCUGGCAUCAUCUCCAAACUUGGACUGGAUAACUAUUAUCCCGGCAAGCUCACCCUUCAAUUGUUGCUGGAGAUCAACAAGGACAGUAUAUCUGAAAGCACGGUGUCAUCACUGAAGGACAUUCCAUGGUAUUUUCUUAAAAACCUUUUUAAGAUCAAUGCUGAAUGCCGAAGCUGUUUUCAAUUACAAGCCACAGAGGAACAAAAUGAAGAAAAUACUUUUUUGGAACUGGACCGACUCACAUCAGAUGAGAAUGACAAUAAGGUUAAUGUUCUUGACCUUAUAGUAGCACUUUUUCUUUGUGCCGACAGUUUCUUACAGCAAGAAUUGGCUCUCAGAAUGUCGAUGUGUCAGUUUUCUGUCCCACUGUUGUUGCCUCAAAGCAAUAACAGUCAGUGCUGCCUGAUGAUUUGGGCUCUGAGUAGCAUUGUUAAAGAGUGGUGUCCUCAUAGUUUGUCUGAAUCAAAAGGUUUUGUUGAGAAAAUCCUUCUACAAGCAAAUAUUCCCCUUUUUUCUUUUAUCAGGCUAAAAAACUGCAGUUUAUCAAAGUCCCAGAUGUUAAAUCACGUCCUUAGUCGUGGUCAGCAAAAUCACAAUAUCUUUAUCCACAGAGAUAUGGAGGGAGGAGCAAUAAAAAGAGAAAUAUCAAAUGGACUGGUGGAGAUUACCUGGUAUCUUCCUAGCGGGAAAGAAAAUAUUGACGUUUUUCCAGAGCCAGUUGCCUUUGCCAAUCUGAGAGGAGACAUAAGUCAGUCACUUGCACAGUUCCAUUUUCUUGUACAAGUUUCAACAUCUAUCUUUGUGUUUCUGGACAAGGUAGAGGAAAAAGAGCAGGACAUUUUAAAUUCUCUCAGAGAUUUGGGUGGAAAAUUGUUCUUGGUUUUUAAUCAUAUGGAGGACAAAGACACACAGGACAUACUGUCUGUCAAAAAAACUAUUGAAAGACUAGGCCUUCCCCCCAAAAGAGUGAUUAUCAAAAAGAAAGGGCUGAAUGGAGUAGAGUUUGCGAAGAAACUUAGUGCAAUUGCCAAGACCUCUUUGGAGAAUAUAUCAGUCACAGCUGAUACAAAAACUAUGCAAGAAAAAGCUGUUGAGCUUGGUCUGAUGGUGGAUGAAUGCAGAAAUGAAAAGCAAAGAAUGGCGGCUGAAGAGAUCAUAAAAGAAAUCGCGCAACAAAGUAUCCCUGAGUACAAGAAGACGCAAAUACCUUUGCAAGGGGAAAACUGGAAAAAAAUAUCAAAGUUAGAGAAGGAGCUGUGUAGACCGGGUAAAGGUGAAGAAGAUUAUAUUUCUAGGCUACAAGAGGAAGAAAAAAAAAUCAAAACAGAACAAGCAAAAUGCACAUUAUCAAAAGGAAUCCAGUGUUUCAUUGACAAUAUCUCCACAAGUAAAAAUGAAAAACGAGAUUUUUUUUUGACGUGGUUGAAACUGAAGCUUGACACACACUCACGAGAAAAACUCUCUGAUCUAAGAAAUCAAUUCAAAGAGAAAUGCAAGACAAAAGAUGUAAAACUCAUUAAAAAGUUGGAUCAAGCUCUGAUGGAGAGCUCUUUGGGAAUCGAGCAUUACAUGAGAGAGAUCGGACUCAUUUUUGAAUUUAUGCCGAAAAACACAUCCCAUCUCCCUCGUAUAGCUGCUGAAAUGGUGAUGGAGGGAUAUCCUCUAGAGCUUCUAGAUGGUGAUGCUUCCAACAUCCCAGAAAAGUGGGUGUCAGCUGUAUUAAACGAGGUCCAUAACAAAGUUGGAAAAAGCAGCAGAUUGUUGGUAUUAACAGUUUUGGGUGUUCAAAGUUCUGGAAAGUCAACACUCCUGAACACCAUGUUUGGUGUUCAGUUUCCGGUCAGCAGUGGCAGAUGUACAAGAGGAGUCUACAUGAUCUUUCUCAAGGUUAAAAAAGAUUUUAGAAGUGAGUUGAAUUAUGAUUUCAUAGUCCUCAUUGAUACAGAAGGUCUAAAGUCUCCUCAAAUGGCUCAACUUGAAGACAGUUACGAACAUGACAACCAGCUGGCAACCUUUGUCAUCGGUUUAAGUGACAUUGUCAUUAUCAAUAUAGCAAUGGAAAAUGUAACUGAAAUGAAAGAUAUUUUACAAAUUGCAGUCCAUGCAUUCUUGAGAAUGACUCACAUUGGAAAAAAGUCUGUGUGUCAUUUUGUUCACCAAAAUGUUGCUGGAGUUUCAGCUCAUUCUAAAUGCAUGACUGAAAGAAAACACCUCCUAGAGCAGCUGAAUGAAAUGACCCAGAUUGCAUCUGAAAUGGAAAAACAACCAACUAAUAAACUGUUCACAGAUGUGCUGGAUUAUGACAUGGAAAAAAACAACUGGAACAUUCCAGGACUCUGGCACGGCACUCCACCAAUGGCUCCAGUCAACACUGGUUACAGUGAAGCUGUUGCUGAUUUCAAGAAAAAUCUUUUGGAGACCAUAAAGAACAACAACAGCAGUGAACCCACUCAAAUCCCAGAUUUUCUAGAAUGGAUUAGAAGUCUGUGGAGGACAGUUAAAUAUGAGAACUUUAUCUUUAGUUUCAGAAACACACUUGUGGCUCAGGCUUAUGACAACCUGUGUAAAGCCUUUAAUGACUGGGAUUGGGAAUUCAGAAAAGAGAUUAACUCUUGCCAGAACAAAAUAGAAAUGGAAAUAUUAAACACUGACAGUGAUUCCCAAGUGCAAAGUUGGAGUAAACAAGUAUCAGAAAAAAAGAAAGAACUGUCUAAUAAAAUACAAACAGAGCAAAUGAAGAUGACAGACCAACUCUAUGAGUACUAUAAGAGAACGGACAAACGUGUGAAUCUGAUAGAGAAAUACAAAGUGCAAUUUCUGAACAGUAUCAAAGGCCUUGCCAACGAAAUAGAACAGGCAGUAACAACUAAACUGGACUCUGUCCUUGAACUAAAAAAAGGUAGAAAGAAAGCUGAAGAAAUACAGACAAAACACAGAGACUUGAUUGAAGACAAUGUGAUGAGGCUUCUAAAUGAUUGCAAAAUGUCAAACCUGUCUGAUGUUCAGCUGACAGAGGAGUUUGAGAAGAUGUGGUCAGAAACUACAGCAAAUGUGUCUGGGUUAGAAGAAAGAGACAUAGCUGGAUGUGUCCUCACACAACUGAGGAAACAUUUUUCUAAUCGAAAUUUUAGUCAGGAAUUGCAGAGUGUGGACUUGAAUAAACAAGGGAGAGAACAAUUCAAAAUUAAAAAAGAAUAUGCUGACAGUUAUUUUUCUAAAUUUAUGGUAGCAAUAAAUCUUAACAAAUCCCUGCAAACCUUUACAGAUUCUGUCCUUGAAUCCUGUACACAUUUUUUAAGAGAUACAGUAGAUACAAAUGAGGACUAUAAUGACUCUUUUACAAAAGAUCUACUAGAAAACAUUGACAAGCUCCUUCAACAAAACAAGAAGGAUUAUAGGUUAAAUCCAAAGUAUGAGCUUGACUUAAAGCUUCACAUCUGUGGCAUUGCUUCAAGGGAAUUCCUGAAAAUGCACCAAAAGUUUCUGUCAAACCUCAGUCCUCAAAUCCAGUUAGAGAAGUACAAGCCUGGAUAUUUGCAAGACUUUGUUGAUUUAUAUAAGAACAGAGAUGACUGCCAACGCAAAGCUAAUGACUACAUGCAGCUUUGUAUCAAACCAGCAGUGGAAGACUUCAUUAACAGAUCCCUGGGAAUAGCCAUUGUGGAUGAGAUCUUAAUGAGCCAUCAUUCAGCAGAGUACAGCUCUCGCUCAUUUUUCCAAUACAAUAUUCAAAAAGAGCUGCUGCUAAAGGAUGACUUUGACAGUUUCAGAAAGUACAUCAAAAUGUAUGAAACAUUUGUCAAGCAAUGGAUAUAUCAGCACAUCAAGCAACAGAUUGAGCAAAAUAAAACACUUUCAAAACUUAAGUCCAGGAAACUGAAAAUCAUAUUUGAUAAAAUUGCAGAAGGAAUAGAGACAGUAUCAAAAACACCAGGUGGUGUUCCUCUGCCAGAUGACAAGGAAAGCACAAAAGAGCUAAUCAAAAACCUGAGAAACUUUUUGGUUAAAGACAUCUCAAUCCCAGUUGAAGCAGAAAAAUUUAUCUUUUUUAAAAUCCAAAGUACAAGCCAUCCAUUUAUCAACAGUCUCAACAUGGCAUUGGAGAACCUGACAACCCAGAUGCAGGAGGAAUAUCAAAAAGCUGAAGGUUUUACUGAAACAUUAAGAAAGCUUACAGUUAAACCACAGGAUGAGCUCUUUAAGCGUGUUUUUGGAUGUGGGCAUCAGUGUCCAUUUUGUGAAACACCAUGUGAAGCUGGAGGCAAAGACCACAAGCUGCACAGUGCAGCUAUACAUCGCCCAAGAGGUCUAAGUGGAUAUCAUAAUGUCUACCAUAAGAAGUUAAAAAACUCGCCGUGUACAACUGCUGUCCAAAGCAACAGUACAUUUAGAAAUGGAGACACUCAAUGGAAGUUUCAUCCUUACAAGGAAUAUACCACAUAUUAUCCAAACUGGCACAUUCCACCAGACUCCACCAUUGAAGCAUCAGACUACUGGAAGUACGUCCUGGUGAGAUAUAAUGCUCAAUUUGCAGAACAAUAUGGAGUCGAACCAGCAGCUGUCCCGGAUGCCUGGAAGGGAAUCUCUCAGGAACAAGCUCUAAAAGGAUUAAAAGAUGCUUUCAAUAUAAAAUGA